AUGAACUCUCCAAUUGGCGGCAUGGCGCUUAGCGGCCCCCACAAGACCGUGAGUUGCCACAUGCCGCUGGGCCGCCAGCCUCAACGAUACUUCCAAACAUCCACAACUACUGCAGCGCGAGCUCCCUCGUGCCAUCCUCUGGCCGGCGCAGCCCUCGUGCCGCAUGCGUCCUCAGGCCGCACCUCCUCAGGCAGCUCCUCCAAGCCUCAGCAGCGCAGUUUCUCAGUCAUGCAGAGUGCAAUGAAAAUCCCAGGCCUCGCCUCCGCUCUUCAUCUCAUCGGCGUGAACAGCCCCAACGGCGCCAGCGCCUCGGGUACGGACAGCACGGUGGCGGCAGCAGGGGGCUCCGGAACCAACAGCGGCGGCAUGCCCGGUCCCGAGGAGCCCCCUUCACCCCGAACAGCCAACCCCCAACCCGAGCCUCCCCAGCCCCACCCGCAACAGCAGCAACACGGACCGCUGCAAGAUCAACUAGCCGGUGGUGGCGGGGAUGGAGAUCGAGCGUCACCUGCCACCGCGUCCACGGCGUCCUCCGCUGCCGAAGUACUGUAUGAUCUAGCCGCCGCCGCGGUGGCAGCCGCCAACGGCAACGGUAACGGUAACGGACACCUGCCGCACCAACAGGAACUCAACCAACAGCAACAACAGCUAGCUGCAGUACAGCCCCAAGGCGCACGGCACAUCAACAGUUAUGCAAACGGUGUCGCACAUCGUCGUGAGAGUACGGAGGAGAUCUUGGGGAGUUUAGAUCCUUCUGGAUCGCGGACCGAGAACAACAUCAUGCCGUACACAGGGUACCUGGAGAAGAUCGAAGAACAGGAGUUCGAGUUGGCCGCCAAGGACCAAGUGCUGCGCAGCAAAGAGGAGCGCAUCAAGUCCCUGGAGCAAGAGUCGACUGAGCUGCGCAAGUCCCUGGCGUUGCUCCAUUCCGCAAAGGUGGCGGCGGAGGCUGAGGUGCAGCGUCUGCGUGCGGCGGCAGCGAUCAGCAGGCCGGCAUCCACACCCGCGCUGGGUACGGCGGCUGCUGUUGCGGCGGCGGCGGCUCCCGCAGCCGCGGAUUCGGAGGCGCCGCCGGUGCCGUCAGCGGCGGCGCCGCACACGCUGCCGUCGCCACCUCCGGCCAUCGCCGCCAGCGCACCGGCCCUCGUCACUCCCGCCGCGACCUCAAGCCCCACUCCAGCCCCGCAGAACCAGCAGGCCCCAACACCCGCGGCAACGGCGGCGGCACCGGCGGCGGCAACGUCGGUCCCACCAGUGUCUGCCCCAGCGGCAACGGCGGCGGCAACAUCGGCGGCAACGUCGGUCCCACCAGUUCCUGCCCCAGCGGCAACGCUGGCACCGCCCCCCACGACACCGCCGCUGCCGCCUCCGCCACGGGUUCCGGAGAUUGUACUGCUGUACCGCAGCAGUUGGCCGGAAGCCUUCCUGCACUGCAAUGUGGAGGGUCGGGGAUGGACGGCAGUUCCGGGGUUGCGCAUGGAGCAUGCGGGCGCGAAAGAGUACGCUGUGCGACUGCCGGGCCGCUCCGUCGAGUUCGUAUUAACCAACGGCCACGGCGAGUGGGACAGUCCGGGGGUGGGCGGCAUUGGCCGCAACUACCACAUCGACACACCCGGGGAGUACCGCCUCCAUUACGGGGUACUCGCGCAGGUGAAAGCCUGGCAGCCCUGAGGAUGCGCCUGGGCUGGGAUGAGCUGGGUGGAGAUGAGGUGAGCUGAGCUGGGUUAACCAGGGCUCUCGUGCAUGCAUGCAUGCAGGCAGAGAAGAUUUGCAGGAAAUGUCGAAAACCUGGGAGAUUGCAAUGUGGAGAUUGCGGAGAAUCAGCACGAUGGUUGGCUUGUUAGCUAGCUGGCUGGCCGGUUCAUUAAUUGGCCGACUGACUGACUGAAUGAAUGAAUGAGUCUGGUUACGUUGUUUGUCGUUGUUGCUGCGGUUCAUGGUGAUGGUGAUGCGGCUAUAGCUACAUGCGGCUAUAGCCACUGUUAAGGAAACUCGUUUGAAGCAUACUUUUCAUUGACGUUUGCUUUCGCCGGCGCGCUCCUGAAAACUGUCUUUAUCCCAGUUUGUUUAGUUGACGAUCUGGGCUCGGUGAGGGAGGUGCAGUGCGGCCCGGCCACCGUCCCGGUUAUGUCGCGGUGACUCACCGACGAAGGUUAUCGGAUAACCGUCGUCGGGCCUUCCCUUUUCCCUGGAAUAGGGCCCUGGAAUAGUAGCAAAUUAGCACCGGCCAGUGCGCACGAGGGUCGUCCU